CCAACAUGUUUACAUCAAUCAAUACCAUCCAGCUUCCUAAGUUAAAGGUAUUGAACUUUAAGAGGAACGCAAUUGGUGUAAUUAACGAUUUGCAGCUACCGGAUUCUCUCGAAGUGUUGAUUUUGAAAAAUCAACGGUGUGAUCUUCCACUUAACUACCUCACAGGGCUAUCCAAACUUCCCCCAAGGUUACGACCUUUGAAAUUGUGCAGGAACGGCUUGUCAGAGCGGACUAUCCAACACUUGGACAUAUCCACUAGUUUGAGGGACUUACAUAUGCAUGACAACGCAUUUGAAAAUUACGGUAGAUGGAAAGAAGGGGUCAAGUUGGUAUAUCCGGGGAUAAUUCUUGAUUUUGACGGACUUUCAGGGUCCUCUAAGGGCGAAUCUGAUUCACUGGAUUCCGACAAUGAUAGUACGGGUAGCGAUGAUUAGGCGUUAGUGCGGAUGGAAGUAUUUCCAGGGAGAAUUACGUUACCAGUUAUAUCUGGCACGCCAUUGUUUACGUA